AUGAUCUCCCAGAUAAACCGCUUCGUCAACAAUGGCGCUGGUCUGGAAAAGACCCUCCGUCUAAUCCAGUCCUCAGCCCAGGUCGCCAGCGUGUUCACCGUAAACAGCACCGCCGUGCGCCUGACAACCGCAAAACUCCAAUUGGCACUGACACGGCGCUUCUUCCGCUUCUUCGGCUUCAUCGAGUCCUUCCAGCGCGUCGCGGCUCUACUAAACAGAGAUGCCAUGGGAUCGAUAUCCGGAUGGCUGGAUAUGGCUAAAUGGACCUGUUUCGCUCCACGCAAUGGGCGUCUACGCCGUCCCUGGGAAGAGCGCAUCAUGCGCGAAGCAAACACAUACUGGUUCUACGCCUUAUGUUUCUCACUACUGGGAACACUCUACGCGCUCUUCUUCUCCAGCAACGAAAGUCAGAGCAAAGGCAAGGGCAAGAGGGGUGGACGGAAGAGCGAGAAGGCGGCUGCUGCUUCUAAAAUCGACUCGUCGGCGCUGUGGACGGCUUUCGUCAUUGAUGGGUGUGACUUGUUGAUUCCGGCUGAGCUUUUGGAUUGGAUGCCCACGGGUGAUUUGGUGAUUGGGUCUACUAUGAUUAUUAGUACGCUUUUGGCGGCUAGGAGGAUUUGGAAUAAGGUGUGA